AUGACGCUCUGGGACACUGCAGGACAGGAGGAAUUCGACAAGCUGCGCACACUGUCGUAUGCAGACACCCACGUCGUCGUGCUCUGCUUUGCUGCGGAUAACCCUGUGAGUCUGGAAAACGUCGAAACCCGCUGGGUGCCCGAGAUUCGAGACCACUGUCCCGGGGUCAAGAUCAUCCUGGUGGCGCUCAAGUGCGAUCUGCGCAGCGGUGGCGAGGGCGAGAAACGUCGCAUGCUGUCGUACCAAGACGGCGUGCGCGUCGCCAAACGCAUCCAUGCCUCGCGCUACCUCGAAUGCUCCGCCAAACUCAACCGCGGCGUCAACCAGGCCUCCCUCGAAAUCGCCUCCGUAGCUGCACACGCCCAUCCAAACCGCUCCACCACCUCCUCAUGCACAAUCGCCUAG